AUGCGACGAGUGAAGAAAUCCCGAAAUGGUUGUGCCAGGUGCAAGAGUAAACGCGUCAAAUGCGGCGAAGAGAAACCUCAUUGCAAUCGUUGCACUAGACUGGGUGUCAGAUGUCCCGGAUACGUCCAGUCACUGCGCUGGGUGACCAACCACAAUGGCAUACAAUUUGAGAAUGCUACGAGGACGGCCGAAAGCGAAAGUGCUACUCCCAGAACAGCUCGAUCUCCUGCUCCUCAAUCACCUAGAGCACCAGAAGGGCUAAUCAAAUCGUUGCCUACGUCUCCAUCAAUAGCUUUGGAGGACGCGAACAAUCCCACCACGAUCGGUACCACUACCGCGACCCAGGAACCACCAAACCCGUCUAGUCUAGAAGUAGGUGAGACGAGCAUUCUAUGCGAAAACCUGUGGGAUCUUAACGGAGACUCCUUGCCGGAGCUGGACGAUCUAUCCCCUCCCUCUUCAGUCGCAGCAUCGACAUCCGAGGAAUCAAUCCAGCAAACAGACUCGCCGUUCGCUGCAAAUUUUGCAACAACCGACUUGUCAAACCUAUUUUCGCUAGCAGCGCCAGCGUUCCAAGACAACAGCCGUAACUAUGGCCACUUCUCCCCAACGGCCAUCGUGCGCAGCUAUCCUCCUCCGUCCAUGAGGCCGCAGCGCAUACCCCAGCCCUUAAACGGUAACUCAUCCUGGACUCUAAUCGAAUACUACUUCAAAGAAGUAGCAGCGCUGUUCUCGAGCUAUGAUAGCCAAAUGAAUCCCUUCCGCACAACAGUAUCUCGUCUCUGGGGAUCAUCGCUGGCCAUGUGUCGAACGAUGCAGAGCAUGGCCGCAGCGACACUAGUCCACGAUUUCCCUCAAUUCGGGCCGAUGGGGUUGAUAAUGCGAAACGAAGCCGUUGACAUCCUGACCAAGGAGACGGAAAUGGAUGAUAAGUCCCUCCUGGCAUUGCUCAUGUUGGGGCAGACGGCUAGUUGGCACGAUCCGAAGGAUUUGGGGAUUUCAUUCUUCAACUUACUUCGAAAGCACCUCAAUGGCAAGUCAUCUGGUGCGGAAGCAUUUUUGUCCAGGCACAGCAAAAAUUACCAGUUCUUCGAAGAAGCUCUGAUAUAUUGGGAGAUGCUCCUAUCCUUUGUCACUGACAAUGACUCGCUCUCGUUGUCUAAUGAUGCCUCUGGAAUGGACGAUUCACUUGUCCCCCAACGCAUGCCUCACCCCUGGACCGGGAUAGCCCGCGAUACCCAAUCCGCAGUCCAAGAAGUAGGCAGGCUCGUCCGACGAGAGCGAAAACGCAUCCGCGCUCAACGCUUCACGUCACAAGAAGAUAUCUCACUAGCCCAAAGAGCCAUCGAUCAAGCACAGCAACUCGAAGAAAGACUCCUUGGACUGGCGCACCCCACAGAAGCCGAAAUCAUAAGCCCCGGCGACGACGAUACACCCGUCUGGCAUCUGCUAACUAUGGCCGAGGCAUACCGAUGUACAGGCCUGAUACAGCUAUACCGCGUGUUCCCAGAUCUUCUCCGCUGCCGCUUACCAUUACCAAACACCAGCACGACUAAUCCUGAUCGCGACCCCUUCCUCUCAGACCAAAUCCUAGGCGAUGACUGCAACCUAGACGGCUUCGAAUUCCCCUGGCUCGACGCCAACAGCCCAAAGAAAACCCCAACACCACCAGCACCAGGAACAACACACAAAAUCAAAGCCGCAGACUCCUACUACAACACCUGGCUUACCGAAUUCACCCUAACAACCCUCUCGCGCCUGAAAACCAUCCCCAUGGAAUCCCGCACUCGCUGCGUGCAGCCCUUCCUCUUCGUCGCGUCAAGCAGUGAGCUCCGACUUCCCAGUGUUCCAAUGGACGAGUCGAACACCAAUCCAAACAUAAACACCAAUACUCGAGAUCAUAAUAACGAGGGGAAUGUAUCGCACGCAGUCGAAGUCCUCCGAACACGCAAGUUCCUCCUUGGACGACUUACCUCGUAUCUACAUGUGCUGCCGCCGAAACCGAUACAUGUGUGCUUGCAGUUGGUGAAGGAGGUUUGGCGGAGGAUGGAUAUUGGUGAGAGGGAUGUUUAUUGGAUGGACGUUAUGAUAGAGAGGGGGUGGGAGACUACUAUGGGGUAG